AUGAGCAACGAAUCAACGCCAACGAGUAAAUUACUUGUUGCUGUAUUCAAUAGCGUCAUUGAAGUGAUCGUGCUCUGCUUAUGCGGGUAUUUCCUGGCUACGAGGAAGAUAAUUGACAAACCAGCAACGAGGCUUCUAAAUAAGCUAAAUAUCGAUCUAUUCACACCCGCUUUACUCUUCUCGAAAGUUGCCUUCUCUUUGUCUCCUUCGAAACUUAGAGAGCUGCACGUUAUUCCUAUUGGCUUUGUUCUUAUCACUCUCGCUUCUGUCUUGGCUGCUUGGGGGCUUGGUCGUCUCGUCGGCCUAAACAAGCGCCAGAGAAAUUUCGCAAUCGCUUGUGGCGCGUUUCAGAACUCUAACAGCCUUCCGAUCGCCCUGAUGCAGUCUCUCGUCGUCACAGUCCCCAGUCUUAAGUGGUCCGUACACGACACAAAGGAAAUGAUGCUUGGUAGAGCACUCACUUACUUGGUCGUCUACUCCACCAUGGGUCAGGUACUCAGAUGGAGUUGGGGUGUCAGGCUCCUCGCAGAAGCUGACCAAGCUGACGAGCCUAACGAACAACUCGAAAACAAUCGCUCCUUUGACGGUUCUGAAGAAGCUACAGUUUAUAACGACAACUCAGCUACUCCCUACAACGACAACUCAGCUACAGAGAGUGAUCCAGCUUUAGCGUUUGCACAGAACAGCCACUUCCCUUCCUCUGGUCGUCAUCCAAGCAUUACGUUAUCACCUUCAACACCCUCAACCAGCGUACCACCUGCUAUUAGCUACGGAAACGACCAUAAACUAUCUACGGGAUUACCACACGCUCAAAUACCUCCGCAAACCUAUCAAUUUCAGCAAGACGACAGCAGUUCUAGUGAUACAGACGAUGACGACUCUCUCGGAGAUAGAGAAUGGGGUCUUCCUAGCGGGACAGGAAAGAUGAGCACCAUAAAGCGCCUGUGGAAGAAAUGUGAAAGACGAGUGAAGCCAAUUACUAGAGUGAUUGGUGUUGCUUGGAGGAAAAUACUUUCUUUCAUGACACCCCCACUUUGGGCGGCUUUCGUUUCUCUUGUGAUUGCUUUGAUCAGACCUUUGCAGAAUGCGCUCGACAAAGCAACGCCUUUGAGAGGUGCCAUCAAGAGCGCAGGAAAUGUCUCAGUACCACUCACACUUGUUGUUCUCGGUGCAUACUUCUAUUCAUCCGCACCAGAGUCGAAACCAACAACAAUACAAGCACCAAUCGAUCAAUUUGAAGGAGAUUUGCAGAGGCGGCGACCAAGUUUCGUUAAUAGCGUUCAAUCAUUCUUCACAAAUGGAGUAGUAAACAUAACAAAGCCACGUACACGUACAAGUAUGGACAAACGCGGAGAGAAGAGGACAGUAUUUGUUGCUGUGGUAGCUAGGAUGAUAAUAACACCAGCAAUGAUUCUACCAUUGUUCUUAUGGGAUGACCUCACAAGCAAAUAUCGCGUAUUGGAUGAUCCAGUGUUUGUAGUAUCGGCAUGCUUACUGAUAGGCUCGCCACCAGCCCUGACACUAGCGCAACUAACACAAGCCACAAGUGGAGACGCAUUUGAGAAGCUGAUAUCGAAGACGCUGUUCAUAAGCUAUGCACUAAUAACGCCGAUAACAUCGAUAAUAAUUGUAGCGCUUGGAUUAGUUUUAUCUAAUCAAGUUUAA